AUUCCGUGCUGGUCUUCCUCUCUCUCGCGCACGUUCAUAGACAACCACCACCAUCGCCCUCCCUCUCCAUCGCUCUGUCGUCGCGGGAGAGCUUCCUCGAUCCACCCUCGGCGGCCGCGCGGAAGCACCAGGAUGACGGUUCCGUCGGAGAGCACUGCUUCUCUUGCUGCGCUUGCACCACUUGAGGCCAUUCUAUUUGAUGUCGAUGGAACUCUAUGUGACUCCGAUCCUCUCCACUACCAAGCCUUCAGAGAGAUGCUUCAAGAGAUAGGUUUCAAUGGUGGAGUUCCAAUUACAGAGGAUUUCUUUGUUGAGAAUAUUGCUGGAAAGCACAAUGAAGACAUAGCUGAGCUCCUCUUCCCAGAUGAUAUUCCUCGAGGCCGAAUAUUCACGGAGGACAAGGAAGCCAUGUUCCGCAAAUUGGCCUCAGGACAACUAACGGCAGUGAGUGGCCUCUACAAAUUGAAGAAAUGGAUCGAAGAUCACGGUCUAAAACGUGCUGCAGUUACAAAUGCUCCUAGGCCAAAUGCUGAACUCAUGAUCUCGAGUCUCGGACUCUCAGAUUUUUUUCAAGCAAUUGUUAUAGGAGGUGAGUGUGAGCAUGCCAAACCACACCCAGAACCUUACCUGAAGGGCCUUGAUCUGCUGAAGGCAUCGAAGGAGCAUACUAUAAUUUUUGAGGACUCAGUUUCGGGCAUAAAAGCAGGGGUGGCAGCUGGAGUGGCCACUAUCGGCAUAACAACGAGGAACCCGGAACAUCAACUGAUGGAAGCAAAGCCAACAUUCCUCAUCAAGAGUUAUGACGAUCCAAAGCUGUGGGCCGCUUUAGAGGCGCUCGAGAAGAAGGAUGAUUGAAAAAUUCUUUGAUGACUAGAAAGGUAGGAGGACCUGCCCGUCAACUGCCAUUAGCCGUUCAGAUUUGAUGGUGUGAAAUUGCAAGUUGAUGAUGAUUUGACUUCGGGAUCGCAUAUUGUCGCCAGAAUCUGUUCUGAUUCUGAGUGAUGCGUCGUAUUAUUCUGCUCACAGAUUAGACUAUUGAAAGUUAGGUAGAAUCAGAAACGAUGCUAUAUUCACAAAUUCGAUCGGUUCCUUCCACUCGUGUAUUCAUAAGAAUUUCCCGUAACAUGAUUUGUCCCUUUCACAUUAUCACUGUCUCUCAGAAAGUCGGGUUUCAUUGUUCUC